AUGUCAACAUCCAGAGCUUUAAAUAUUGUCUUUGUGCAUCCAGAUCUCGGAAUAGGUGGUGCAGAACGCCUUGUGGUGGAUGCAGCAGUGGGCUUACAAGAGAGAGGACAUAAGAUAAGUAUAUACACGUCGUACCAUGACCCAACUCAUUGUUUCGAAGAAACUAGAAAUGGCAAGUAUUACCGUUUCUUACUUUUGUGUUUUCCCGGCUCAAAUUACUUAUCAUCACAUGCCUGCAAAUUAUUAGGCUUGCUUAACGUUAAUGUGCGCGGGAACUGGCUUAUACCACGAACUUUCUUUGGUUCAUUUUACAUAAUUUGUGCAAUGCUGCGACAAUUUCAUUUGGCUCUCACUUUACUUUUGUGGGAUAGACCAAAGAUCGAUGUUAUCUUCAUUGACCAGUUGUCGGCUAAUAUUCCGUUAUUGAAAUUUACUGGAGCGAAGAUUUUAUUUUAUUGCCACUUUCCGGACAAAUUGUUGACGGGGCGUGGAUCCAUUUUGAAGAAAUUGUAUAGAAUGCCUGUUGAUAAGUUUGAAGAGAUGACAACUGGUAUGGCGGAUGCUAUAGUAGUUAACAGUAAAUUCACUGCCAAUGUUUUUCGUGACUCGUUUCCAUCGAUAAAACAGCGUCCGGAAGUACUUUAUCCAGGAAUACACUUUACUUCGUAUGAUAAAGCUGUAGACUUGAAUGAUGAGUCAGUGAAAAUCCUAGAGAGAUUCGAGAGAAAAAAGAAUAUAGCAUUAGCUAUCAAUGCUUUUGCUGCAUUACGUGACAAUCAUUUAGUGCCUUCUACGGAAUUUCAAAAUCUGCGAUUAAUAAUAGCCGGAGGCUACGAUUAUCGUGUAAAAGAAAACGUUGAACAUCAUUUAGAACUGGAAAAACUAGCUUCCAGGCUUGGGCUUUCAAAUUUUACCAUAAGCCCCGGUGGUAGAGAAAAAGAUGUUCCACCUUCAGAAGCCCAAAUAAUUUUCCUAUGCUCAUUUUCUGAAGCACAACGUACGUUUCUUCUUUCACGUGCCAUCUGUCUUCUUUAUACCCCAUCAAAUGAGCAUUUCGGCAUUGUCCCCGUGGAAUCAAUGUACGCCAGCCUGCCAGUUAUAGCUGUGAAUAGCGGUGGACCAACAGAGUCUAUCCUAGAUAAGGUCACGGGAUUUUUGUGCGAUCCGACACCUGAAGCUUUCUCACAAUCAAUUGCUAAAUUAUUGUCUGGUAAUGAAUUUGAUUGUAAAGUUAUGGGCGAGCAAGGACGAAAACGCGUGCAAAGUUUAUUCUCGCUGACCGUUUUUAUUGAUACUCUGGAAGAUAUUUUGAGACUAAUGUUGCAAAUAAAAGUUCGACAUAUUAACGAUCUAUUUGGUGUGACAGAGUUGACUGAGCAGUCAACCUUUGAGGAAUUGAAGAGAGCUAUACAGGAACGCACUGGCAUUCCACCUGAGAAGCAAGAAAUAAGAAUUGGCUAUCCACCAUCCGUCGCGUCAAUAAGCGGAACAACGACCAUAUCCGCUGCAGGAAUCAAGAAUGGCGAUGUGGUCAUUUUGAAUGAGAUUUCUGCGAAAAACGAGGCGGCAAAGAUGACUAUUGAACGCGAAAAAAACAAAUCUCGUAAAGAGGUCAUUUCAGUUGCAUCCGAUCAUGGGAUUAUUGCGCUUAGGCAAAUGGAAGACGAUAACUCUUGUCUCUUUCGUGCAAUUGGCAAUUAUGUGCUCGAGAGAUCACCCCAAAUGGCUCAAAGUUUACGACAAAUAAUAAUCGAUCAUGUGCAAACCGAGCCAGAGACAUACCCGGACGUAUUUCUCGAGCGACCACGCGAAGAAUACUGUAAAUGGAUCGCUCAGCCGAACAGUUGGGGCGGUGCCAUUGAGCUCGCGAUAUUUUCAGCACAUUAUAAAGUGGAGAUUCGAAGUGUUGAUGUGAAGACUGGGCGGAUUGAUCGAUAUGAUUAUGAUGCAUUAGCAUUAACUCCAUCAUUGGAAGCCAGUGAAGAAUACGAUCAGACAAUCUUCAAAGCUUCUGAGGAUUAUGUUAUUGGAUCUGCGAUUGCUGUUGCAAGGAAGAUGAAAGAGUUACACAUGUAUACGUAUACCGCUGAUUUCACAUUACUCUGUGGUGAAUGUAAUAAAGGGAUUGUAGGUGAGAAAGAAGCUACUCAACAUGCUCAAGAAACAGGCCACACCAAAUUUACAGAAUACGCGUAA